ACAUGACGAUCUUUACCUAAUCUGAAUCUGAACGCAAAUAACAUUGUAUGUUGUAGCAGCUGGCUAUAAGCUCAAGCUAGCCACACAAGAUGAGCAAUAGGUUUAACGCCCGGACCUUUGGACUGAUAGCAGUGUCGAUCAUCAUAUUCUCAAGCAUAUUCUUCACCAUCAAAAAUAGCAGAGGACCCCCUGCAGUGCUGGUGCCCAUGAACACAGAUGUUGGGCUCGAGAGACAUCUCCCCAAGAUACACAUUAACCCAAUACUGAAUGUAGCCCCACCCCCUUUUGUCCCCAGCAUCAAAGAAGAGCCCCCUAAUAGAAUUGUGGGGUCAGUCCCUGUAAUUAACAAGCCGUUCGAAAGCGGUAGCCGUGACGACUCGGCUUUAGGUGAGUCGAAUGUUGAAGGCAGUAACGAUGAUUUGGAGAUCCCUGUACCGGACCAUGUGGAUAGCAAGGACUUGUCAUUGCAGUUGCAGGAGCAAAAGAUGGUUGGCCGAGUGAACUAUGACCUCUGGUGGAACGUAGUUGGCUACUAUGUAGACGACCUGCGGAUAUACAAAUACUUCCCUAAUCAUCCAGACGAGAGGAAGACUCUUGAACAGCUCCAUAUUGAUUUCCAUGACGACUCCCCAGACUCUGCCACAGGACGAUACAGUCACAAGGUGUAUGGCUACUUCCUCCCUCCUAAACCAGGUGUGUACCGGUUCAAGUUUAUAAUGGACAAGCUAACAGCUGCAGCAACGGUUGAGCUGUGGAUUAGUCUCGGCCCCAGUCCACUGGACACACGGAAGUGCCUGUUGCUUGAGUAUGAUGACCUGACUAGACCAACAGAAAGGAAGGCAACAACUCUCAACAAGGAAGCUGAGUACAAGUUCACAGGGACUGUUCACUAUUUCGAGUACUUCAUGAAGGCGUACGAAGGAAUGGCCAUCGUUGACCUCUUGUGGAAACCUCCUGGCCACAAAGAGUUUGUUCCAAUACCCAGUGCCAACAUGGCGAUGGCUGUACAAGUGACUAGCGAGGGUAAAGUGAUGAAGGGAGAGGUUGCUAGGAUACUACAAGACCCCCUGCAGAGCAGUCACCUACAGACCCACCACAGAGCUUACUACGUCGGAAAUAUCAUCUACCCCAUUUCUGACUUUGAGGUGCUACCGCAGUGUGAGUUCAGUGCACAGUAUGCAUACCCUCACCGGGUGAAGGCAUACACAGGGGUCAGCCAGGUUCAAGGGUCAAUGGUCUACCCGAAGGACGACACUUGGUUCAAGAACUGGCACGCUGACGACAAGGGCAACCCAGUCAUUGAACAGGGGAAAGUGGAUCAGGUGGUGCGACUAUACAGGGAAGCCCUCAACAAGAGCGCACACAAGGGGCAGGUCUCACAGCUCGUCAACAUGGAGGAGACAGUCAACAAGAAAGAUGGCAGCAGGUUCCUACUAGAGCUGGUCAUAGAGCUGAGUAAUCGUCGGGAGCUCAUCAACACCUCAGAAUAUGUGUACCUUCAAGCUGGCAGUGAUAAAUUGUGUCAUACUUCUAAUUUCCAGUGGCGAGGGGGCGUGAAGGUGUACCUCGUAGUGGCAGUGAAGAAUCUCAGCUACUGGAUCAACCAUCUCAUGCAAAAUAUGGAAGAAAUCUUCGCUGCAACAAAAGAUGACCAGUUCUACCUGAUAGUGACGGACUACGGCAGCGAGGACGCCAACGUGGAGGACCUCAUGUCCAAGAGCUCCUUUAAAAAUUGGCAUGUGAUCAGUUUGACGGGCAGUUUCUCCCGGAGUGGUGGACUGCAGGCUGCCAUAGACUACGUUACAGACCCUGAUAGCAUUGUGAUGACCAUUGACAUGCACCUGACCCUACCUACUGGGUUCAUCGAGGCCAUCAGACGACACACUAUUCAGGGAAAGAUGGGGUACACUCCGUACUUCUUCAGAUUGAACAAGGGCUUCACGGAGAUAAACUACAAUGGAUUCUGGGAGACGCUUACCUACGGCAUGUUUGGCAUGUUCAAGAGCGACUGGACUGUGUUCGGAGGGUUCAACCUCCGCAAGUACAAGGACAAGUGGGGCGGAGAGGACUGGGACAUCCUGGACAGGUCACUGGCGAAGGGUUAUGAAGUGUUUCGGGCCCGAGUCCCGGGCCUAGUGCACUACCAUCACACCAAGGCAGGGAUGUGGGGAGGCAAGGCACAUGACUGAUCUAUAAGACUAUUGCCGUUUUCAAUCUCUCAGUUCACAUAAUUAAUUGUACACUGUCAUCAUAAUAAGUUUUUUUUGUAUUAUUACAGAUCAAACAUAAUUAUUGUACAUGUA